UCUGAUUUUAACUACUGUAUAGGAACGAAGGGGGCGGACUCACAGUGUAUGUAGUAACGACCAGUUCUCUAAAACGUUGUCAAACCAGACAUAACCGCCAUGAACAUUCUAGACAGUUUAAAUCUGCUCGCCUGCGCUUUGGGCUUGCUGUGGUGCGACUCUGUUCAAGUCAACGCCCAGAAAGGGCCGCUGGUCGAGACGACCUACGGUAAGGUCCAGGGACUCUACACCGAGAAGGCUCGCGUGUUCUACGGGAUCCCCUACGCGGCGCCACCGACGGGACCACUGCGCUGGAAGCCGCCGCAGGAGCCGGCCUCGUGGGCUCCAAACGUGCUGCAAGUCACGGAGAAGGAACCGGGAUGUCCACAGAACUGCACCCUUCCACCACACAUGUGUCCUCCUAAGACGGACGAGGACUGCCUGUACAUGAACAUCUUCACGCCUCUGAACGCCUCGCCACAGUCUCUGGUCCCGGUCAUGAUGUGGAUACACGGCGGACAGUUCCUCAGGGGGUCAAGCGAGGUCAUCUUGUACGACGGGCAGUACUACGCUAAUGAGACAGGGGUCGUUGUUGUGACGUUCAACUACAGACUCGGUGCCCUUGGCUUCUUGACAGCUGGCACCGGGAAGAACGCAUCCAAAGGUAACUAUGGAAUCAUGGACCAGCGACAGGCGAUGCAGUGGGUACAGAAGAACAUCGCUGCGUUUGGAGGCGAUCCAAAACAGGUCACCCUAUUUGGCGAAAGUGCCGGAGGGAUGUCCAUCAGUAUCCACCUUUGCAGUAACCAAUCAGCGGACCUGUUCCAUCGGGGCAUCAUCGAGAGCGACCCUCUGGGGAUCCCAUACAGGACGCAGGCUGAAGCUACCAGACUUGGCGAGUACUUCGCGGAAGAGCUAGGCUGUCGCCAUGGUGAUAUGGUCUGCAUGGCGGGAAAACAGCCUCAGGAUAUCAUCGUUGCUCAGACUAAGGCAGGAAACAAACUACAAGUCAGCCUGAAGUAUCCCGUCGAGAUUUUUGUCCCGUGGGGUCCACACGUCGACGGCGUGGAGCUGCUAGAACAAACCGUGGACACUUUUCGGGCGGGAAAUGCACAGAAGAAGCCUAUUAUCAUCGGUACCACCAGCGAGGAGGCGGUUAUGUACGUGUAUGAGGGCUUCGGCAAGCCGGUGUCCGCGCUCGGGUACUACGAGUACAUGACAGGGUUCUUGCUGCCCUCCCUAGCGAUAGAACCGUGGAAAGUUCUAGAAGUCCUUCGCGAAUAUCCAGCAGAUAAAAGCAGCAACGACCAAAGACCAAACAUGGCGACGAUCGGAACUGAGUGGCUGUUCACAUGCGCGAACCGGGCGGCCGUGAGAGGUCACGUGGGUGCGCAGAACGACGUCUUUUUGUACCAGUUUGCGCACGCGUUCUCGUUCCCGGGGUGGGGCCCACACUUCCAGUUCUGCGUCAAUCACAGCUGCCAUGGGGCGGAGCUUCCCUUCUCGUGGCACGGCAACUCCAUGGAUCUCUACACGUACACGACGGACGAAGUCACCCUCGCCGACCUCAUGGCCUGUUACUGGUCCAACUUCGCCCACACAGGCAACCCUAACAACGGCCCGUGCCAAAAGAAGUCCGCCCCAGAAUGGCCUGCCUACGACGAAGACGCGCGAAAAUAUAUCGAAUUCCAGACGCCUGCUAGCUUGGCCAUGCAAGACCUGGAUGGUGCUACCUGCGACUUUUGGGAUUCAAUUAAUGACUACUAAUGAUCUAAUGGGUUUGAGAUUGAGCAGAGUUGUCUUCAUAAUGACGCAAAUACACAUAUGAAUUAAUUGCCUUUACUGAAUAAAUCUCCAUUAUCAUCGUAAAUAAAU